GAGGGUGCCUCGCACGCCAGUCCGUGUUUCGACGUGACUCGUGCCGCAACCCUUUAUUGUUUGUUCUGUCAAAAAUUCAAAUUCCACUAUCCAAUAUUUACAAAAGUGAAAUGUAAUCAGUAAAUUUGAUAAAUAAUUCACCAAUUUACAUUUUAUUAUUGACAGGAAUAAAAACAAAGACUCGUACAUCCAGACAUUGUGGCUGGCUACAGGAGGAGACAUCUCCUGGUGGAGGAGGUGCCAGGGCUCUAUAUCAGGCGCCUCACUCUCGAAGAUCCAAGAAGUCUACGAGAAAGAGACCGCCCGGACUCAAGGUCACCAUCUCCAGUUCGUCAUAUCUGUCAUUCUCGCAGUGGCCAAGUCCGCCCUGGGCGAGGAUCAUCUAGUUACAGAUAUUGGUUGGAUCGCAUGAAAAAAGAAAAACCUGCUUACUUGACAAUCACAUCGCUUGAACUUCCAGACUCACCAAUUCCUCUAAUAGAUUCUCAAGCAAGUGCUCGAUUUCGUGCUACUGAAUCGUCUGAUGUCAAUUUUGAAAAAGAUGAAAUAUUGGAUGAAUUUAUUGAAAAUAUGACUAAGCUUGGGAAAGGGAGAAAAAAAGCUACCCGUAGUGCUGGUGCAAAUGUUACUAAAACUAUUGAACGUGCUAGGAAACAAUUUAUCGAAACAAAAAAAUAUAAUAGAGCUCUUACUUCCCUUCGGACCAGUACAAAAACUAUCGCUGAAGGACCGCCAAAAAGAUGUACUAAGUCAAGUAACGUCAUGGAAGAAUGCAUAUGUGCGGAAAUCACAGAGAAUUUAAAAAUCAACAUCCAGGAGAAAACGGAGGUCAAUAAAUCUUCGCGCAGUCCCAGUCCGGAAGUGACUCACACAAUAAGAAUUGCGAUGAAAUACCUUGGUCAGCCCGGACGCCGUGAACAACAUGAUGAUGAAGAUAAUAAUGAUGAUGAGGAUGAAAAUCGUGUAAUUGAAAAAAUUUCAUCUUCCGAUGAGCUAUCAAAUAUUUUAGUUAAUCAACAAUUGGCAGAACAGAACCAAUAUUGCAGGGAUACUAACUGUUGUGCCGGUAUUAACGUUGCCUUGGACUUUACACUCAAUUGCAACGGUGUUCAAUUAACGUCUCGAGAUAUUAGUCUAAAACCUGUUACUAAAGAUAAUUCCAAUAUAGAUUAAUACAACUUCAUGUAAUUUACUUUAAACGAGUUUAUGAUACACAUUAUAAUUAAUUUUACGUUAAUAUGUUUAUCGUAAGUGCAGUUUCUGUAUGUAUAAUGAUAUGCUAUGCGAGUGAAACAUGUUACAUGUAUAGUGUUUAAUUAAUCUUCAGUAUACAUAUAUACGUAUAAAGUGAUAAUUAUAUCAUUCGAUUUAAUUUAUAUGAUUGUAGCACUUUUUUAUUGGUAUAAAUAUAAACAUUAAAUGGUUGAA